AUGGAGAGAAGGUGCGUUUUGGAGUCGUGGUCAAAGGCGGAAGUGAGAGCUGUUAUCCGCUAUGAAUGGGCACGCGGAGUAUCAGGCACAGAAAUUCAUAACCGCCUUGUUCAGGUGUAUGGGUCACAUGUGAUGUCGAGGCUAAUGGUGUGGAGAGGGUUUCAGCAAUUCAGUGAUGGACGUCAGCAAGUGCAGGACGUGCCGAGACCUGGACGGACGUGCACGACCACUACAGAUGCAAAUGUCAGGCAGGUAGAUGACAUUAUUAAAGCGAACCGGCGUAUCACCAACGAUGGAGUAGCGGCAGAACUUGGAAUUGGACAUGAGCGAGCUCACAAGAUCAUCCACGACAUUCUUCGAUACAGGAAGGUGUUAGCACGAUGGGUGCCCCACCAACUGACCCUCACAUACAUGGAACAAUGGAUGGCGUUCAGCCUGGAACAGCUUGUGCGUUACCAUGAAUGUGGCAAUGACCGUCUGGGGGGUUGA